AUGUUGUUUUGGUAUUUUCUACCAGUUUUGCUGGCUGCCUACAAGCUAUUCAAUUUUGAUUUAGAAGACACUUAUGAAUCAAAGGACGGGGUGUACAAAGCAUACAAGACAAUAAAUGGACUCUCUCCAGGUCCACCAAUCAUUGUUGACGAAGAUGAAUGGGUAGAAGUCCAUGUCAAUAACCACCUCCAGACCUCAGCAGCUAUUCACUUCCACGGGGUAUUGCAGAAUGGCACACCAUGGGCAGAUGGUGUUCCGGGAGUGACACAAUAUCCAAUUGCUAGCGGAAAAUCUUAUCAAUAUAGAUUUCAGGCAAAGAAUCAGAGCGGCUGUCUCUGGUAUCACUCUCAUUUUAGGGGAUAUCUGUCUGAUGGUCUUUAUGGAGUGCUAUAUAUCCGGCCACGAAAGGAGAGAAAGCGGCCAUAUCAUCAUAUUACGCUGAAUAUAGAAGAUCAAGAGUUGCUCAUGCAACUAGAAAAGAACCCUUCGUUCCUCAUUGCUGAUGAUUCGUUCAAGCUCCCGAUGGACGAUGUAGUCAUGCGCAUGUUUAGAUAUGGAAUAGAUCCGUUGUGUAUCCAGAGCGUUUUAAUCAAUGGAAAAGGCCGUAUUUAUUGCCAUCCCGAAAGAAGAUUCAGAAAGUUAGCAAGCAAAAAUCCUAACCUUCGUCAUAUUCCCUAUUUUGAUUGCUUAGGUUGUCUUCGUGAUGAUUCUAUCGUUCAUUAUAAAGGUUCGACCUUGGACCAUAACGCCUUGGAGUUUCCUGGGUACUCGGCACCUUGCAAACCAACUUAUUCGCUGCUCCAUAUUCAUUACACUAACAAUACUGAUUGGCAGUACAUAAACGUUCUCAAUGCAGGUGGCCAAUACACGAAGCUGUUUUCCAUUGAUGACCACGAAUUCUAUGUGGUCGCAAUUGAUGGAAUCUUUGUGACACCGCAGCGGGUCUCGAGCGUUGUUCUUCCUGUAGGGUCUCGAUUUACAAUCUGUGUCGAAACAAGAAAAGAACAGCACGAGAAUGCCAAUCUUCCUUUCUUCAUACGAUUCACCACAACACAUGCACCGCAAUUUGUGGAAGGCCUAGCUAUUUUACAGUAUGGCCCGCCCCCUAAAAACGAUCAAGAAUCUGACUGUAGCUUACUUGGGAAGGCUAACUUGGAUCUUUACACGAAUGGUAUUCGAUACACAGAUCUUGAUGGACAUCUAAUAGAACCAAAUAGAAAGGCGAUUUGGCCGCAGCAAACACGCCCCUAUGAGGAACAAAACAAACUCAAGCACAAAAGUGCCGCCGAUGUCACUUUUCCAUUCUAUCUCCACAGAUUCGAACUUGUACAGUUUAGUAUGUUUCGAGAUGGAAGUCAAUUACCUCUCCAUAUGGAACUUAAGAAGCCUCUCUUAGAUAGCCUCGCUGAAGGCGAAUUUUCUCAAUUGAAGCUGCUUCCUGCAAUUCUUCAGCCCCCUGUUCGAAAAGGCCAAGUGAUUGAUUUAAUUCUUGACAAUUACAAACACAUCAAUCAUCCUGUUCAUAUGCAUGGACACUUUGUCCAUGUAAUAAGCUACAGUGAUAAAGAGAAUUUUCCGUACAAGACGGUACAAGAGGCAAUAGAAAACGGGUAUACAAAUUUAAAUUUGGAGGACCCGCCAUAUCUUGAUGUCGUGUUGGUGCCUGUUGGAGGGCAUGUGGUGCUCCGUUUCGAGGCAGAUAACCCAGGAAUCUGGCUUAUUCACUGUCACAAUAUAGGCCAUUUGAUGGGAGGAAUGGGAGCAGUUUUGUUGGAGUCUUUGGACGAAAUUCCUCAAACUGCACGAAAUUGA